CAUUUAUUAAACUAAAUCAAAUAUGCAAAAAUCAACUUAAUCUCUGAUAUCUGCUAGUAGGAUAAAUAAAUAUUACUGUGUUUUAUUCUCGUUCCAGUGUUCUCUUGCAUGUCAUUUUGUAACAUGAGGAAGUAAGCAGAUAUUUACUAUAUCUCCUUUUUUUCAGGCAUCAGUUUCAUUCCAACUACCAAAAUGUUUGCAGCACAGUUUUGUUUCAUUCAAAACCACAACCUCUGUCUGCUUUGGUCUGCCAUAGUUUGACCUAAAUAAAGUGCUGACUGUUCUCCUGCAAGAUGCAAAACUUGAUGUAACUGCUGUACAGCUGUUUCUUAUAUUACCGAGUGGUGGUCCUCAACUUGUGUCGUGACACAAAAAUGUGUCGCAGGUUUGUUCAGAUAUGUUUGUGGAAAGCAGCAAGAAAACCAUCAAAUUAACCAUUUAAUCAUUCAUAGGACACCAUAACCUAUUUCUUUUGUUUCCUGACAACAAAAACCAUGUUUCGAAUCAAACCAGCAUUUUUACGGAAACGUACCUCUCACUUGGUAAAUUGGUUAAUACACACUUACUGUUUAUGCUGUUUCAAAAUUGCCAAUUUUCAUAUAGUCACGUUAAAGGUACACUGUUUUUUGUUCAUAUUUAACAAAAUUUAAAUAAUGAGUCAAUACAUCAAUCCUUUUUCCAAAACGUGGUUUUGUCUUACCAUGAUUCACUAUGGUAAGCCUAUAAGUGUUUAUAUUUUAGACCUAGUGGGAUGUUUUGUUUUGUUUUGCGGGAAAUUGCAUACAUAUGACACUCGCCCAUGCGUAUCUUAUCAUAUCUGUGAAUAGAGAAUAGUUGCUCCGGUUACUUCAACACGAGUAUGGUGUGGGAGUGGCAUAGGUUAGUAGCUACAACGAGCGAGAAAGGUUGACAUUGAACACGCUAAAUCUUGAACCUUUGGUGAUUCACCUGUUAAAAAGAAAAACGCUACACAGAGGAGAGUCAAAAAGACAAAAAGAGAACACGUCAGAGCUGUAAUAAAACAAGAAUCAACAUUGACUUGGCUUUUCAGAGAUGGCGAGAACUGAGGGAUUUGAAAUAUCGUAAAAGCGAUGUGGAGAAGGUGUUUUAAUAACUCAACAGGUGAGUAAGCUAUUUUAUCGAACAGAUACAUUUCCAUAUGUAACUCUCUAACAGAGUUCAGUGUGAAGCAUUAUCUAUUGUGAAGGGUCAUUUCAUUAUGGGUUUUUGUAUCGCUGUGUAGCGCAAUUUAUUUUCAAGGAAGUGCCAUGUCUAUCAAUGGGUAUAGUUACAGUAACGUCUUCAGCUAGUCAACUUGAGAUCCUUUCCAUCUUAAUUGGUUAUAUCUCAUAAGCCUAGUAGUGAAUGUUUUAUGAGUAGUAGGAUAACAUAUUCAUCUGCACAGUCAUCCAGAGACAAAGCACAACCAAAUCAAUGUUCUUCCGUAAAAUGCAUGCUAAGUUUUGUUUUAACCGCUAGAGGGCCAAAGUUACAGUGUAUCUUUAAUCAUUUUGAAUUUUGUGGAGCCUAUCAUGUAGAUUUUAUAUUUGAUUGUAAGGACCUUUUUACACUACAGAAUUUUGGUGCCGUCUCUUCUACUUUAAGUGGACACAAUUUAAUUUGUUUAGACAUUUCUGUGACAUUUUCUGUUUAUUAUUUUCAGUGCAGUUCAACUCCCAGCACAUGUAAUGCUCUCUUACAUGUCUCUUUCAGUCACAUGUAAGAGAUAUCCUGUUCUCCCACACUCUCUCUCGCUCUCUGUCUCUCUACCACCGUGUCUCUCUCUCUUCCUCUCUCCUCUGAAAGUACCACUGAGAGUUGAACUGUGAGCUGUCACUUGUCAGUAAAUGUGUGUGAGUAAUGAAGACAUGUCUCAUGAGUGAUUUAUGCCUGUGCUGCUGGAAGAGAGAUGGCGGGUGUUUUAUGGAUUCUCUUUGUUGUUUUCUGUCCUUUGGUUCUGUCUGAGAGUGGAGAUGAUGAUUGGUCUGAGAAAGAAGUGACCUGCACUUCCACUUUGACCCUCAAACAGAGUAACCUCACCUGUUUGCUAAAUGAUGAACCCAUUGAGGAGGUCAAAUUCGCAAAACUCUGCCAACAAAUUGAAAAGGUAAUGUGUAAAAAUGCUACUUUAGGACCACAAUACUUUACUUUUGAGGAUUUGGCGAUUAUUAGUCAUUACAAGCUUGAAGUACACGUGGGAGAUGUGGACAUUGUAAAAGACAUUAACCUGCAAAAAAUUGUCAAAAUCCCAGCUCCUGAAAUAAAGCUUGCCACUUACAUGGAAGACACAGAAGAAGUUUUCAUAUGGUUUGAACACAGUCAUGAAUAUGUUUCCAACCCUGACUUUCAAGUGGAAAUAUGGGGGGACAAAAUUGUAAAGGCAAAGCCCAUCGUCACUCAAAUUAAGUAUAGGAACUUCAGUAUCAGCAAGGACAGACUUGGUGGAGAUGGUGUUUACUACACACAUGUUAGAGCAAAACCUGUAAAUUAUUUUGAGGGCGACUGGAGUGAGUGGAGUUCAACUGCCAAUUUCACUAUAAAAACAAACAGUACUGAACUUCCAAAGGUCAAUUCACUAUCAUCGCUUCUCAUCACCACCGGCUUCUCUGUCUGUCUGGUGCUCAUCAUUUUGGGGGCCUUGCUAUGGAGAACGCACAUAAAAGGCUGCAUCACACCAAACAUCCCACACCCAAAGGCAACUCUUGCACAAAUGCACAGGGCAAGAGAGGGUCUUCCUUUCACUUUCAGUCCUGAGAUAUUCAGCGAUGUUUUCAUACACCGCGUGGAUUACGUUGAUGAAAAACCCUCUGAUCCUGAGCUUGAGGACAGCCUGGACGAAUGCUGCUAUAGUCAAACCAGUUCCUCAAAUGCAUCAGUGAGUGAAAUGGACAUGAAUGCAGAGGAACGGCUUCCAAAAGAGCAGUCCCACCUGAAAAUUAGAUUGUUAGAUGAAUCAGAUUUGUCAAAAGGAAGAGAAAAUAGUGGCUUUCAGGGUGUAACGGCCUCUCAACGAGAAUGUAAAGACGAAGCCUAUGUCACUAUGUCCAGCCUCUUUAAAACACAAUGAAGAGACCAGUUAAGACAAUUCCAGUUUACUGGAGAUUUUACAGACCCUCGGUAGAGGAUGUUAUUCUGCGUACAUGAUAUAAAAGGUCAACUAACAUUGUAUAUGAUGCAUUUAAUAACCCAAGAAACCUGUUAUGUAUAACAAGAUGCUUUUACAUGUCACUAGACUUGUCCGGUUUGUAGCUCUGACGCAGUUUGUGCAUGUCAUAGCACUCAUCCACAGGUUUCAUUUUCAGCCAAGCAUCAUGCACUGCUGUCGUCUCCAUUUUAGUAGCCAAUUUCCUUCUGAAUGUUUCAGAAACACUUGAAACAGAAGCAUUAAGUGUGAAUCAAUUCUGAACUCAUCACACAGACCUCAUGUAACUGCUGCUAGCCUCAGUGUCCUCUGCCAGACAUGUUUCCAUGGAUAUUUUCAUCCGUACAUCUACCUGAGUAAAUCUGAGAGAUAUUUAUGCUGUAAACCUCACGCACAACUUUCAAAAGGAAUGCAUACAGUUCAAGCGGCACUUUUUCAAUGGUCAGAGGAUUAAUUUAUAAUGAUCAUAAGAAAUAUUUUCUGUGUAUAUAAAAAAAAAAGCAUCUGCUCGUAAUGCAAAUUUUGUAAUGCAUUUAUCAUUAUAUAUAUAUAUAUAUAUAUAUAUAUAUAUAUAUAUAUAAAAAAAUGUGUAAUAAAGGAAUAUAUAAAAAUAUUUUAAUUAUGAAAUAAUUAAUAUUUACAAAGUUGCUACAUUUGUCUAUAAUUCAAGUUGUUCGUUUUAGUUCUGAUGGAAAAAAUUAUAAGCCCAAUGACAAACCAUCAGUCCACAUAACCAAUCACUUUAAGGGAUAUUUCUUUUUAUAGCCAUUAUAAAACAUUUAUUAAAAGAGUCACUUUUUAUAAAAUAGCAUUUGCCAUAACAUGCAUAACAAAAUCUGAAUCACAAGAAUUACAUGUAUCAUCAUAUACCACACUGGUUGUAGUUAUGAUGCAAUAAAAGUGUUUUACACUAAAAAUCAGUUAACUUACCAGUAACAAAACUCACACAUUUUACACAUAAUUCAAGCUUCUACAGUACUUCCAUUAUUUCAUUUUCCAGAUUCAUGGUUAAUAUCCUUAAACAUUUCAGUUGUGCCAGGUUUAUUAACCCUAACUUGCUUUGAUUUCACAAGCAUUAUAAAUUUGUUUACAAGCAAAUCCCUUCAUAACUUCCAUGCACUCUUCAUCAU